AUGGCCAUCAGCAAAUGGCUCUUCGCCACAUGGUACGACCUGCUGAACUCCGGCGUCGAGGGCCGAGUCGUCCCGUACCGAAAGCUCACCGCCGGCAAUGCCUGGGGCGAUGUGCUGGAAAUAGGUGGCGGCACCGGCGCAAACCUCCCGUACUAUCCAGAGAGUGCCAACAUCACCUUCAUCGAGCCGGACACGCAUAUGGUCCGAAAAUUGCGUCGGAACAUUGUGCGGCACAAGCGGAGCGCUGCCAUCGUUCAGCAAGGGGGCGAAAGCCUUCCGUUCGCCGACGCCAGCUUUGACACCGUCGUAACGACUCUUGUGCUCUGCAUGGUUAGUGACGCCGAUGCCGUAGUGCGAGAGGCACGGCGCGUCCUUAGACCCGGAGGCGCGUUUCUGUUCUACGAACAUGUCAUUUCUCCUCGGCCGCGUGGGCGAUGGUGGCAGCACAGGCUCAACCCGGCUUGGAAGUGCCUGACAACGGGAUGCAACCUGAACCGCGACCUUACCGCGUCAAUCCGGAACGCAGGAUUCACUAGCGUUGAACUCGAAGCAUUCGACCUCUCAGUGCGCUUGCCUGUUACAAUACCCAACAUAGUCGGCAUAGCCAGAGGAUGA